GAACAGUUAAGAAAAUCGCUAAAAUCCAUUAGUUUGAAAAAUUUCUAGACAAAACACUGUAAUUCAAACCUAUGGAAGCACGUGUCAGUUUCUUGAGUAUUGAUCAAUAGACAACACGUGAAAAUUUAACCCACGACGAUCUAGUUUCUUUUGUAUUUGUUUUCGUCUUCGUCUCUACUUUCUUAUACAAAAGGCGGUCUUGACAAUACACGGAUAUAUAUCUUCAAGAAAACACUGAAAAAACUGAAAUGCAUGACUUAGUUUUCUGUUAUAACAAGGGAUGCGCACAAAAGUACAAUCCAGAAGAAAAUUCGGAAGAUUCGUGUCGAUACCAUCCUGGAGAGCCAGUAUUUCAUGAUGCCAAGAAAAAGUGGUCCUGUUGCAAUAAAUACAGCACGGACUUUUCUGAAUUUUUGAGCAUAAAGGGAUGCACUGUAGGAAAACAUAACAACGUACCCCCACAAAACACUGUGAAAGAGCAAAAGAAGUCUGAUAUCCCAGUUAAGCCUGUUCCUGUACCCACACCUAAAAUGGAAAAGCCUACUGUGUUCCAAAGACCAUCAUCUACUGAACGUACAUGUGAUAUUCCAGUUGAAAUUGCAUCAAAUCUUAAAUCAGCUCUGGAAGCACUAUCACUAGAUCCAUCUUUCAAACGAAUGCAAGAUGUCACAGUAGGCAAUAAUGAAGGUAUUCCUUUACCUGGUAAAAACUGUAAAAACACUGGAUGCAAACAGGUUUAUACAGGCACAUGUUCAGAUAAUGAACUCUGUCUAUAUCAUCCCGGUGUAGCUGUAUUCCAUGAAGGAAUGAAGUAUUGGUCUUGUUGUAAUCAGAAAACGAGUGAUUUUGAAUCAUUUGUUAAACAAGUUGGUUGUACUACAGGUCGACAUAAUUGGACUGUGGAAGAUGUCAAAUCUCUUCAGCCGAAUACAAAUUGUCGUUUUGAUUGGUAUCAACUUGGCAAUGGUAGUGUAACAUUGACUAUUUAUGCUAAAAAUAUAUGGCCUGAAACUGUAUCGUUUAAAGCAAAUCAAGUCAUGUUGCAUGUUUCAUUGAAAUUCGGUAUAGAUUAUCAAAUAUUUGAACGAGAUUUCAAUUUAUACGGUCCAAUUGAUCCAACUCAAUCGAUUGUUAAACUAAUGCCUUUAAAAGCUGAAAUUAUUUUAAAAAAAUCUGAACCAAUAGCAUGGCCUACAUUUGAAUGGGAACAGUCGACACACAGUAAAAUAGACGUCAAUGCAUGA